GGGUAUGUACGCGCUUCGCGCCUGUUGCAAAAUUCAGUGCCGCUGUUUCGUUCGUGACGAAAGGAUGUACGCCCGGUUGUAGGCUGUACAUACAUACCAACGAACGCAUAUACAUAUAUAUACGUAUAGGCAUGCACAGCUUCGACAUGCACACACACAUGUAUGCGGAUAAUACGCCAAAGAGCAAUGAGUAUGAGGAGCUGUCGCAACUGUUAAAGUCUUGGAACGUCAGCGAGCUGUUGCCAUAUUUGCAAGAAGAGGCAAUCAAUACGCAAGAGCUGCAGAUGCUGAAGCGUCAUCAUAUGAACGAGCUGCUGCGCAACUUUCGUUACGGCACGCGAAUUCGUUUUGAACAUCAUUUGGAGCGUUGGCGUCGCUGGCUCAAUGUACCGUUGCAGGACGAGCAGAAUUGCGGUGCUGGCAGCAGCACCAGCGCCGCUGGCAGCGGCAGCGGCAGCGGUAGCGUUCAUUGCAGCGGCUGCAACUGCUCGACGAACUUAGCGAAGAGUCAUUCCAAGAGCAAUUUGGGCGAUGAGAGAGCAAAGCAAUUGCCCUCCGAGCCGUUCGUUUCGCUCAAUGAGAUGACGGAUGGGGGGACGUUUAAUGUGCCGUUACCCCUGGGCGAUCACAGUGAACUAGUUCACACGGAACUGGUGACAGCGGAUCUGAUCAAGCCGGAAAUAAUGACCGAUGCGGAUGGCAGCGAGGAGAGCGGUGUUACGGUGCUCUCCAUCUUGCAAGCGUCGCCCGUCAAGGCUCAAUCGCUGCUCGAGAGAAUCGGACAAAAUGAACAGCUGGAUGCGGUGCAGCGUUUGCUCUUGAUCCAGCUCAUUUGCAGCUACUACGAGGAUAAUCGAUUGCAUUUGACCUUGCAACGAAGUCAUCUACUUGAGCGUGAGAUCCUCCAGCUCUAUCCCAAGGAGCAGUUGUGCUUCUAUCGCACUGAGCGCAGAGGAAAGAUCUACGUGAGGUUUACGAAUAUGAAGCGGAACAAACGUUUCGGCACUCUGCGGGAGCAGAAGCGACGGCGGGAGGAGUCGAUGGCUCCGCCCGUUUCGUAUGCCCCCAAGGAGGUGACCUUCGGCGGUGAUCCCAUGUCCAGCCCCGAGAGAUCAGAUUGAUUAAUGGCUAUAAGCUAAACUUACUCAUAAGUCAAUUAGCUCUUAACUAUUUUAACUUAACUUAAAGUUUCCUAUGAGCACAAUAAGUUCUUUUAAUCAACUAACUUGAAUUGUAUAAAUACUUUUCUAAUGUAGCGAGUUUAGAAAUGUUUUGUGCUAUCUACAUCUAUAUUAAUAUUUGUCGAUUAUUUUAAUGAUUAAUUAUCGAUCGCACAACACAUUUAUUCCAUAUAUUAUUUAAGCUCAUCCAGUUUCUUUUUGGGAACCUUAUUUUUCGUUUUAAUGCAUGUUUAACUCUAGGAAUAACAAAGUUGUAAGUGUCUGUAGCCUAUUUAUAUAUAAAACUCUCCAUAUAUUCGAUAUAUAUCUAAUAAAGAUAUACAUUCAUCGUACAUUCUGCCUAAAAAAAUA